UAAAUUAGUUGAUAUAUUGCUCAAGAAAGGCAUUCAUUUAUUUUCACCAAAAGGUUUUAAAGCACCGCGAAAAUUUGAGAGUAAAAUAGCUAUGGCCUCUAUGGAGCCAUCAUCAAUUGCAAACGAAUCACUGCUGCAGAGCAACGAGCUAUACAAGUAUAUUUUGGAGACCACCGUAUUUCCAACGGAGCCAGCACCGUUGAAGGAAUUGAGAGAUGUCACUACUUCUAACAAUAAUAACCAUCCUUUAGACAAUGUUAGUACUACGUGUCCACUUGGUGGACAAUAUAUAGGCAUGCUCUUAAAGCUAGUGAAUGCAAAAAUGGUGAUUGAAAUUGGAGUUUCUACUGGAUACUUAACACUCUUAACUGCUCUCUCUAUUCCAAAAGAUGGCGAGAUUCUAGCCAUUAGUCCAUAUCCAAAGUCCUAUGAACUUGGUUUACCUAUCAUAAAGAAAGCAGGACUUGAGCACAAAAUCAACUUCAUUGAUUCCGAAGCGCUUCCCAUUCUUGAUCAAUUUGCCAAAGAUAAAUUAAACUUGGGAAGCUUUGAUUUUGCAAUCAUUAAUGAAGCUCAGACCAAUAAUUACAUUGAUUACUAUAAGAGAUUAGUGAAGCUAGUAAAGAUUGGAGGGUUAAUUUGUUUUAGUAACACCCUAUGCGAAGGGUAUGUGACUAAACAGGAGCAAGAAGUGCCAGAAAACAAGAGACAUUUUAGGCAACAAUGUCUCAACUUCACUAAGGAAAUAUCACAAAAUCCUCAAGUAGAAAUAUGCCAAUUACCAUUAAGCAACGGUUUUCUCGUGUGCAAGCGCCUUUACUAAAAUCCUUCGAUCAAUUUGUGGUGAUUCAAGUUUAAUUUGUUGUACUUUAAUCGUAUGAACGAGUAUUAUUUGUUUUGCAAUUGAAUAAUGAUAAUCACUAUGUAUGUUCAAGACUUGUAAUUGAAACUCAGUAUAUAGGAUUGCCCAUUAUUGUUAUCGGAUCGGUGUUUAGUUUAUAUAUAUAUAACUCUAGGUAUCAAAUGAAAAGAGGGAAGGAAAUAAAACAUUGUUGAAUAUGUUUGCCAUUAUUGUUUUAUUUUAUUUUUAUUUUUUUAAUAAUUAUUUUUUAUGCAAUUUGCAAUACGUAACAAUCUUAUUCAUUUAAUUAUUGAGAAAUUAAAUCUGUUAUCUAUUAAAUACAAUAUAUUCCGUAAUAAUUAUUAGUUGAUUGUAUAGAGACAAAAAUAAUAGACAAAAGCUAA